CGCCCCCGGCCGAGCGCUGCGGGGCCCGGAACGGUGGCGGCGGCGGGGCUCGUUCCCGGCCGGGGCCAGCGGAGGAGCAGCGCCGGGCCCUGAGCGUCGGGAGCCUUGGAAACGGGCGGAAGCCGUCAGGGAGCGGCGGCGGGAGGAUGCUGAGCCCUGAGCGGCUCUCGCUGCCGGGGCCCGAGUACCUGGCUCAAAGACAUGUCCUCACGUACAUGGAGGAUGCAGUGAGCCAGCUGUUGGAGAACAGAGAAGAUAUUAGUCAGUAUGGCAUUGCCAGGUUCUUCACUGAAUAUUUUAACAGUGUGCGUCAAGGAACACACAUUUUGUUCCGUGAGUUCAGCUUUGUCCAAGCUACCCCUCAUAACAGAGCAUCUUUUCUUCGGACCUUCUGGAGAUGUUUCCGAACAGUGGGGAAAAACGGAGAUUUGCUGACAGCACAGGAAUACCACUGCCUGCUGCAGCUGCUCUGCCCUGACUUCCCAAUGGAACUCACUCAGAAAGCAGCAAGGAUUGUGCUGAUGGAUGAUGCUAUGGAUUGCCUGAUGUCUUUUUCUGAUUUCCUCUUUGCUUUCCAGAUCCAGUUCUACUACUCAGAGUUCCUGGAAAGUGUUGCUGCCAUUUAUCAAGAUCUAUUGGCUGGUAAGAAUCCAAAUACUGUGGUCGUGCCAACAUCAUCCUCUGGGCAGCAUCGGCAGCGACAACCCCCAAAUGACUGCAACCCACUCGAUGGGGUAGAGGCUUCUCUCUUCUACCAGUGCCUAGAGUCCUUGUGUGACAGAUCAAAAUACAGCUGUCCACCUUGUGCUCUUGUGAAGGAAAUGCUGAGUACUGCACAGAGACUGACCUUCUAUGGAUUCCUUUUGGCACUUGCAAAGGACCAAGGGAUCAACAGAGCCCUAGGGGCUUUGCCAGAUAAAGGAGAUUUGUUUCUGGACCCUGCCAUGGAUCAGGAACUUGAGAAAUUGAUAGCUCAGGUUUCAGGGCUUGCCAUCUCUGCUCCUACCAGCUCCAGCGGGGACACUGCUAAUUUGCCUGUCCGUCACUCACCCAGGAUUAACUCUCCCUGGAAACCUCUCCACCAUCGCCGAAAAAUGGAUGCUGAGAGCGAAGGCUCCAACGAAGAGACAGACUCCUCUGAAAACUGAAGGUUGUGAGGGUGGGCACUGGUCCCAUCUUUGGUUUGUCCAGAACUCACUGGAGGUACAGCACCUCCUCCCAGAGCAUCUGCUCUGGCCCUGGGUUAUGUCCACAUCACCAGUAUGUGCGUGGCUGUGCCAGUCCCCGUUGCCAAGUCCACCUGUCCUUUCCCAGCAAGAGCGCUGCUUUUUUUCCUAGAUCCAAAUUUGUGCCGGAGUAGCUAUUUCCAGCUGCAGAGUUCUGCUGCCAUCUGCUGGCACGUAAGACGACAAACCAGCAGCUGCUAGAGCUGCCCGUACUUGGAAAUAGCCCGGUGUUCUCUCAACCAGGGCUCUCCCAGUUCAGCAGGUGCUGGAGCAGUGGCAGCGCUAGCGCAGGCUGGGUGCCAGUGUUUUGUUGUGUAGCUGUGUUCAGACUUGGCCUAGACAAUAGAGUGGUUAAAUCGCCAGCGGCAGCUUUGCAUUCAUGCUCCAUUGUAAUUAUUCCCAGUAAAGCUGCACCUGCAUGU